GGAGAACCGAGCCAGGAGCUAAGAUCGAGCAGGGUCUAGGCUGGACCUCCGGACCUCGAACUCCGCGUGGAAACGGAGCCGGUGGGCGCCGAGCCCAGCACGCUGCAGAGAGAAUUCUGAAAACCGACGUCUCAUGCAAACAGGAUAUUAGCUUUUGUCAGAGAGAUCAAAAAGGCCUUGAGGUUUUUCUUCACACCCUCAGCCUCGCUUGUGUGUGUCUCUCUCUGGCUUUAUCUAUUCACUUCUGCCCACAGGCAGGAAGAGAUGGCAGCCGGGGAGACGCAGCUCUACGCCAAGGUCUCCAACAAGCUCAAGGUCCGCGGCACGCCCUCGCUCCUGGAGCCCCUGCUGGGAAUGGGCUUCCCGGUGCACACCGCGCUGAAGGCGCUGGCAGCCACUGGAAGAAAGACAGCCGAAGAGGCAUCGGACUGUUUUACACUCAAUUUGAAGUCUGCUAAAACAAAAACGCUCCGCUGUCACCGCGAUGACCCUUCUCUGGACGACCCCAUCCCCCAGGAGUACGCCCUGUUCCUGUGCCCCACGGGGUCCCUGCUGGAACAACUCCAGGAGUUCUGGAGAGAGAGCAGGCGCCAGUGCACGAAGAACCGAGCCCAUGAGGUCUUUCCUCACAUAACGCUCUGUGACUUCUUCACGUGCGAAGACCACAAGGUGGAGUGUCUGUACGAGGCCCUGCGGAGAGCGGGGGACAGGAUCCGGGCGUCCUUCCCUGCGGCCCUGCCCCUGGCUCUCCACUCCUCCAUCAGCUACCUGGGCUUCUUCGUCAACGACAGCCCCGCGGACGUCAUCAGGGAAUUCGCCACCACCUUCGCCAUGGAAGUGGCCGUCCUGGCAGACUGCACUGUGAAGCCCUGCACCAAGCAGCUGCACCUGACCCUGGCCCACAAGUUCUACCCACACCACCAGAGGACGCUGGAGCAGCUGGCCAGAGCCAUCCACCCAGGCCACGCCUGCCCGUGGACCGCCGCGCUGUGCUCCCGAGACAUGCGCUUCGUGCACUACCAGACCCUCAGGGCCAUAUUCCAGUACAAUCCCCAGAACGAGGACGAGCUGACACUAAGUCCCGGCGACUACAUCUUCGUGGACCCCAGCCAGCAGGAGGAGGCCAGCGAGGGCUGGGUGAUUGGGACCUCCCACCGGACCGGCUGCCGCGGCUUCCUGCCCGAGAACUACACGGAGCAGGCCAAUGAGUCCGACACCUGGGUUAAGCACAGGACAUACACCUUCAGCUUGGCCACGGAUCUGGCCUCCAGGAAGGACGGCGAAACCAGCAGCCGGCGAAAUGGAGAGCUGCACCCUUGCCAGACGCCGAGGGACGUUAGCAGCAUCCAGGCACUACAGGCCACAAUAGCAAGGAAGAGUGUGCUGGCCGUACGUCACGGGGAGAGAGUGGAUCAAAUCUUCGGGAAGUCGUGGCUGCAGCAGUGUUCUACUCCCGAUGGGAAAUACUACCGGCCAGACCUGAACUUCCCCUGCAGUCUUCCCAGAAGGAGCAAUGGUAUCAAAGACUUUGAACACGAUCCGCCGUUAUCAUCGUGUGGAAUUUUCCAGUCCCGAAUGGCAGGGGAAGCGCUCCUGGACAGCGGCGUCAGACUCGCCUGCGUCUUCAGCUCCCCGGCCCUCCGCUGUGUGCAGACAGCCCGACACAUCUUGGAAGGGACAGCGGGGUCAGGCGGCCAGCUGGAAGUGAGAAACGGAAGGCCUUCUGGAGGUUUGGGGUGCACGGAAGGCAUGGCGUGCCUAUCAGAGAGCUGGAGGAUGGCCGCUGGGCAGAAGGAAGAGCCCGUGGAGGUCAGCGAGCAUGACUUCAUGGGGAGACCCAGCCACGACCAGGCCUGGGCCCUUCCCGCAGAGCUCAAACUGGAGAAAAAAAUUAAGAUAAGAGUGGAACCCGGCAUCUUUGAGUGGACAAAAUGGGAGUCGGGCAAAACCACCCCUACCCUCAUGACCCUGGAUGAGCUGAAGGAGGCGGAUUUCAACGUCAGCAUGGAUUACAGGCCUGCGUUUCCCCUCGCCUCCCUCCUGCCGGCCGAGAGCUACGACGAGUAUGUGAACAGGUGUGCCGUGAGCGUCGGGUGGAUCACCAGCACCUGCCCGCGGGACGUGGGCGUCAUCCUGAUUGUGGGCCACGGCUCGACGCUGGACUCCUGCACCCGCCCGCUCCUGGGGCUGCCCCCCCGGGACAGCGCGGACUUCGCCCAGCUUGUGAGGAAGAUUCCUUCUCUGGGUAUGUGCUUCUGCGAAGAAAAUAAAGAGGAAGGGAAAUGGGAGUUGGUGAACCCUCCUGUGAAGACGCUGACCCACGGCUCAAACUCUGCGUUUAACUGGAGGAACUGGAUCCAGGGCAGCUGAGAGACUCGCUCCUGCCCUGAGCGGCUCCACGCCAAGGAGGCAAAGCUCUCUCCGGGGUCUGGGCAGUGCUGGCACGUGAGGGGGUCCCACGCCCCUCAGUGUGAUCUGUAGACGCACAGGACGCACUUUCACAUCUCAGGAUGGUCACCCACCGGCCACCUUUGUAGCCUCCACCAGCGGCUCUCUGUCCAGAGAGCUCCGAUCUGGUGAGGUGUGGACGUGCCUCGUGGCCCAGAGGGCAGCCAGCCACUGUGACCCAUCACAAAGGACAGAAGGACGCGCCCACUGUGGCUCACGGGUUCUGAUGAGUCUCGUUCCCCAUCGUUCUCCCAGUUCUGUUUCAACCUCCUUUUGGCUACGUCCACCCAGGCCUAAAGGGCCACAAUAUUCAAUAAAAUCUCACGAGAAUCCAGCCACCAGCUGGAAAUCGGAGACCCCGCAACGUGACAUUGGGAUUGGGAUGUGGACGUCUCUGGGGACAGUCGUCAUCCCCCACACCCUGCACAUUGGGCACUCGUACAGCGGCAGACACCUCCCUCAGUGCAAGCCUGUCCAGAGUCUCCUUUUCUCCCUCUCGGUCACGUGGAGGGGGAGGUGGCUUUGCCAACUGGGGGAGCGCGUCCUGCCCUGACUCACAGGAAACACCCACCGGCACGGCGACGCCUUCCAGGAUGCUGCAAACCCAGGGGUGCCUCUGGCUCUGGAGCAGCUGGUCCAGGAGGCUGCCUGGAGCCCCCCCGUGGCGCCCUCUCCCCCAUACCCACCGGUCACACCGGGCCCCACAGCCAAUGCACUAAGUUCCCCACACAGAAUCCCACCACAUCAGGCUGGUUGAUGAUGCGGGACCCGCUUGGGAUUCUGUCUCUCCUCGCUUCCCCUCACCCACGUGUGCGUGCGCUCUCUCAAAAUAAGCAACCCUAAAAAAAUUAAAAGUUCUCUUCAUUUGUGUCAAAAGUCAA